AAUUCCAUUCAUGUUCAUUACGUUGCAUUGCCUUAUCUGUGGUGCAGUGCAGUUGUCAAAGUAUUCGAUUACAUUAUUUAUUUACUAAAUACGGCUUAUUCUUUAUAAUUAAUAUACGUCUCGAAAGUUUUUGCAGAUAAUUAAGGUUACUUAUAAGUAAUGGCAUCGCUACUUUUACUUAGAUCUAUGUUAUAUGCUAAUGCUUUGCACAAAUCCAAGAAAAAGAAACAAAAAAAGCGUAAGAAAUCUAAAUCGUACACUAGUAUAUCUAGCUUUAAAAUAACUCCGGGUAUGUGCAGGAUAUGUGCUUCAGAAAAUGGGGAUGUUCCCAUUUUCAACAACUUUGUACAACCCAAUAUUGCGGAAGAAAUAAAACACUUUUCCGGGAUUACGAUCAGCAAGACUGAUACCAUGACACAGAUGUGUCAAAAUUGCCUUGAUUUACUCAAUGGGUGUAUCAUGUUCAGGGAUAUGUGCCAAAAGAAUAAUAAAAGAUUGCAAGAACUAGAAGAGCUGUCUGUGAAGGAAGAAUAUGUAAAAUGUGAAAGUAAAGAUCUAAAUGAAGAUGAUCAGGAGCUUGAUGAGCUGCCAAACGAACACAAUGAGGACAGUAAUGAUUCCUACAACAUCCCUUCACCUACAUUUUCUGAUGAUGCAGCUAUUUGGGGUUGUAACACAUGUGGAAAAGACUUCUUUGAUAUGGAUUCAUACAGUGACCAUCUAUCGCGCUGUCCUGGUGACAGCGUGCCGAAACCCCCAGAAGAACUAACAAAGAGAAAAUUUCUCUGUGACAUAUGUGGUAAAACAUGCUCAUCCAAUGCUAGUCUACUAGUACAUAUGGGCAUUCACGAAAACGUGUUCCCCUUCAAAUGUGACGUGUGUCCAUACCAAGGGCGCACCAUGGACCUGCUGAAGGUGCACAAGAGGUCCCACAUGGCCGACAAGCCGUUCAAGUGCACGCAGUGCCCUAAAGCCACCACCACAUCCAGUAACCUGGCGAAGCACAUGCGCCAUGUGCAUAGCACGCAGAGACCCUUCAAGUGUACAUACUGUGACAAGGCGUUCUCAUACCAACACGACAUGAAGCGACACAUCAAGGACAUCCACCUUCGGCAGGGCACCGUCGAGUGUGACGUCUGCUACAAGAAGUUCAACACUAAGAAAAUAUUACAAGGUCACCGAUGGAAAAUCCACAAAAUCAAAGGGGAGCGACAAGGACGCCUACCAUCGUACUUGCAGCAUCAAAUGGAAGAACAGGACCACCACGAUCAAGAGAUCGCUAUGGGGCAUAUGGAACAGCCCUACUGAUGUUCAUAAAUCACAUACCAUUCACUCUGAAGACAGUACUAAUCGCUUCACGAGAGCUGGGAAGAAUGGAAUGAACGAAACGAAUGGUAUUUGUCAUCGUGUGACUGAGACCCGUGUCGACAGACUUGCUUAUACACACUGCCUGGCCUGAUAUGAACAUACAUAUAAUACAUAAUUAUAUUUACAUUCGAUUGUUAAUUCCAUUCAUGCCUGCACUGCACAUUAAUAGGCACUAAUAGCACCUACUUUGUUUUUGAUUCUUAGGACUGGUAUCAAAGUAUCAACAAUAUUUGUUGGACGUAAACUUUAUAGCCUUUUUGCGACAUUUUAAACGACAGCAUCGCCAUCUGAAUCAUCCUUUAAGAAUAAUCAAAGGACUAUGCGUCAAAAUGUACCCAAGACCAACAGAGUCGAGAGUUGCCUCAUUUGAUAGAUAGGUAUGAUUAAUUAUUAUAAUUAUUUCAUUAUAUGAACACGAAGUUCACAUGUAUUGUAUAACUGAGAUAAUGACAUUUUAGUAAAAAUGUCGUCACCCUUAUUGCCUACGCAAUAGAGUCCAAAUAAGUAAAUUGCUGUAGGGUAGAUUUUUGCACACCGCCCGCGUACGGCAAACGGUUUGACCGAACAGAGAAACAGGACUUUAUUGCCUUAGUUAUAAAGGUGCCAACAUUUUGACUAAAAUACGAAUAUCUCAGCUCUGCAAUGUAAUUUCGCUUAGUGCCCAUACAAUGAAAUGAAGUAUAUAAUGCCUAUCUAAUGACCUAACUCUCGUCCCUGUUUGUUUUGGGUCCGGACCCCAUACAGAGUUGCCCAUGGUCCCUUGUACAAAUUACAACGCAUAAAAUUGUAUGUUGCUCUCUGGAUUUUUGAGCGGUCAUUAAUUUCAUAACAUAAGUACUUAGUAAGUUUUAAAAAUGCUCAAUGUACAUAAAGGAGCCUUCUUCGAUUGUAAGGCAAAUAAAAAUCACAUUUUUACAUUCGAUAAAGAGAAUAAUGUUAAUUAUAAUCCGAGAAGUUGCAAUCAACUAUAUUUAUGCGCCAUUAUAGGUUAUUUAUUAAUAUGAUAUGAUAUUUAUUGCUUGAUAAAACUAAGGACCUGCUAUCACUCUAGAAAUAAAGUUUUACAGAGUUACACGCGUUCCUCCUUUUAGUCAAACAUGAAAUUUCUUCUCUUACUACUAGUUUUGAGAAGUUGUGUUGCGUUCGACUUACCUCGGUGCAAACCAGACUUAAAUAUCGAUAAGGACCAGUAUACAUUAUCUGACACCUAUCACAUAGGAGAUUCGGUGCCUUCGGACGCCCACUUUGAUGUGUAUGGAAACUUAUUCUACGUCAAAUCCGGCAGCAGCAGUGAUGGAUAUUACUAUGAUAUCUACGUUGUUAAGUUUAAGACUACAGCCGCUCAGAAAAUAAAAGGUUUGCCUGAAGGGCUUAGCUACUCAGUAGCGGUAGACAAAAAAGAUUCCAGCGUAUACUUCGGCACCGAAAAGGGAUUGUUCCGGUACGACUAUGAAACUCACAACGCUACUCAAGUAUCUGACGGCUUACUGAAA